GGAGGGAGGAAGUUGCUGGGUGGGUUUUGCUUGAUAGACCCUUGGGCACAGGGGCUCUUCUCUGCUGCCCCUCCUGGAGCUGUGUUGGCCCCUGUUACCGGGUUUCUUUUUGUCAUGUGCUACAUGCCCCUGUGAUCCCCUUGAGAAUAUGUGGAAUAUGCUCCCUUUUCUCUUUGUGCGCGCCCCCCCCCUCCCUUCAAGCUGCAUCCCCUUGGAUGGGGGUCAAGAAUGUGCAGCAGUGAGCAGCAGCUGUGACUCGGCAUGCUUGCCCAACAAAAUUUCCCGUCUUCUUUUCUACCCAUUGCCCUCACUCUCCAUUUCACCUUGUUGCCCAGUUGAAUGACAGGCUUUCUGUACCACCAAGUGCUCCCAAUCUAUGGUCACAUUUUAGUAUGAUAAAGGGAACAAUGAAACAACUAAAAGUAGAUAACCUGGGCCUCCCAUUCAUAUAUGUCAAACAAUGCCACAUGCACAGCAUGGUAUAACAGGCUUUUCCCCCUUCUUAAAACACCUGUUAUUUUAAAGGAUCAACUUACUCUUAAUACUCUGUUCCAUCUGCCAACUGGUGUUGAGCUUUUCAAAGCAGGAAGGCCCACUUUGAUAUUGAAUAAACCUGCAGCAUCAUGUUGUUACAAUGUUCUUUUAAUAACAUUUUGUCACAGCCUGACACACUUAGUUAAGCAUUGUGAUGCUCAGGUGCAAGACUUGUGCUUAUACUGCUUUGAAUUUUGGGCAUGAAUUUCUGUUUAACUUUUCACUAUCCUAUUUGCCAUACUUAGAUAACAUCUUUUUAUUUAAAUGAACAAACUGAUUUAUCCUGUUGUGCUCUAGAUGAUCAUUAUCUCAGAAGCUGGAUAUUUCUUUAAUGAAAAAUGGCAGCAGUAUCUUCUAAUGGCUUGAUGUCUGCAUGUUAUGGUGAUUGCUUUUACAAAAAAACAUAAUGACGACGUCUUAAUGACAGACGCAUGAUUACAAGAGAGCAACAAGACUGGUCAUAUUUUUUUAAGCUCAGAAAACAGCACUGACAAUGCGCAGAAAAUCUAGACAAAUUAUAAAUACUGUUGCUGAUGUCAAAGAAAAUUUGAAAGGACUUAUUGAAGAAGAGAAGGUUUAUUCUCUGCCCAUUCCAAAAGACAAGUUUGUCAAAAUGGAUGAAUCAAAAAGCUCAUACCUUUCAGAAAUUGAAAAUUUAAAUGACCUGAGAUCUACACAUGUAUUUAAACCUGGAGUAAAAUGCAACGAAUACAUAAGGAGAAAAUCAUAUCAGAACAGCAAGGAUGAUAGUAAACUGGCAGUAAACAAAAGCCUUUCUUUUAAACUAAAGGGAAACUUACUUCAACCUUCCUUGUCCUUUUUGACAGCACACAAACCUCAAAGUCCUUUUUCAAAAGGCAGCCCUACAUUCUUGGAUGAUGCAAGCUAUGUGACACCUGAUAAAGGUGAAGCAGAUGUAAAACCAGAUUGUGAAACAUCAGAGAAUGUAAUGAAGACACCUGUUGAUUUUGCAAGUGUAACUAUAGCUGAAUUUGGGAUUACUCCAGAGUCUUUUACUGCUAAGCCAUCUAUAGAGAAAUCCAUGGCUUUAAAACUUAAGCGCAGAUCUACAAUUGGAGUACGGGGUUCCCCUGAAAAUAAUAGCCUUAUUCAAUAUCUUGCCAAGCAAAAGAUGAGGAGAACUGAAGACCCAUUCAAAACGCAGGCCAGCCCUUUUAAACAUCAAAAUGUUGGCUCGUUAAAGGAUAAGAUUUCUGCCUUCCAAUCAUCUUUUCAAUCAGUGCAAGAGGACGAGGGGAGGGCUUGUCUUCCUGGACUCUCACAAGAAGUGAGAGAGUCCCAGGCAGCGGGCUAUUCUCCGAACAAACCACCUUUUACAAAACAUCACGAACAGUCUCAGUUGAGCGAAGAAUUAAUAUCUGAAUGCAAGAGGAUUGCUUAUAGGGAAAACUUGAAAGAAAAAUUAACUAAUGGUGAUAAAACUGUAGCCAGUAUCCACAUAUGCAAGAUUGUCUCUCCACCAAAGGAGGUGCCCAUCACUGAAACUACUACUGCUAUUUCAAAGGAAAUUCCCUGUUCACCACCAAAUAUUAAUGAAUCUGGAAGAUUAUCAUUAGAGGUUAUUCCACUAACGGGCAUCCCAAAGACUCCGUGCAACUUGAGUUCUGAGUGUAUCAGUGAAGAAGUUGGAAGUAAUAGUGAGUCACGAUCAAGCCGAAAGAAAGUUACUUUUGCAGAAGAACUGAGCUUGGAGAUAUUCGAUGAAACCAUGCCUCCUAUUACACCAAGGCAAAAAGGAAACUUCCCAUCCAGUGAACAAUCCCUCGAUGGCUGCUCCUGCCUUCGAUCGGCUCUGAAGAAAACACCAGUAAAACUACUGUUGGAAACUGUGAAGGAACACACAAACAAUACUAUUGGCGCAGAAGAAAAUGAGCCUCUUCUAUUCUCUAACCUCUCAAGAAGUUGUGAAGAUCAGCAAACAGAUAGCAGCAAUAGUAAAACAAUAGGCAAAACAGAUGUGCACAGCUCUGGAAAGCCACUGAAGAGAAAGAGGGUUACUUUUGGAGACGAUUUAAGCCCAGAAGUAUUUGAUAAAAUGUUGCCUGCAAAUACACCGUUGCGUAAAGGAGCGACACCAGUCAGUAACCCAGAAGCACAAACUGAUAGCUCUUCCCCAGCAUUAAGUCCGAUCAAAACCCCUUUCUCCCAGCCAGACUUUGACUGUGAAGAUGAUGAUGAUGCAUCCUGCAUAGCGGCUCUGCCUUCAGAUUUGCCAUUGGGUCUGAAUUCUAUAAAGGUAUCCGAGGACUACAUUAAGCCCCUUCAAGUGUCUGUAGCAAUCUCAGAGAAAACGAAAGAAACUAAUUCCUUUGAUGAUAAAAGAAUAACCCGGUCCUCUAUUAAAAGAAAGUGUAUCAGAAUUACAGAAGAGACUGGUCGUAGCAGCUCGACAGGCAUGAUGGCCAACAAUGCUCAAGAUACUAAAAAUACAAGAAAGAGCCAGGCUCAAAGAGGGAAGAAUGUUAACAAACCUGCCCCCAAAAGGUUACCAAAGGUAAAACGUAGAGGAAAAAGAGGAAGGAAAAAGGUAGAAAAAUCCUUGUACGGUGUGAGAGAGAUAGCUUCCAAGAAACCUCUUUUGAGCCCAAUUCCUGAGAUCCCAGAGGUCCUCUCUUCUGCACCGUGUUCUCCAAGCACACCUAAGAAACCUAUUCUGCUCUUCUCAGAUUAUUCCAAAACCAGCAAUACCUACAUAGGAUCUAUGAAGGAAGUCAUUGAGCAGAAAAAAGUGGCUGGAAGACUCAAAAGGAAAGCGCCUAUAACAAACAAAUAUCCAAAAGCUAAAGAACUUCAGAUUGUAGACACCAGUAUUACCAGUGACCUGGCGUGUCAGUCAUCAGACAGUGGCCCUGAUCCUGCUUCAACCAUUAAUAUUGGGGUGCUUAAUAGACAUGAAAAAAUUGAAACAAAAAAUGAGCUGGGAUCAUCCUUACUGUCACUAAAUCAGAAAGAAAGUGAUAUUUGUGUGAGUAAUCAGACCAGUGAGGUGCACAUCAAUAAUCAGACCAGCUAUCAGCAAUCUGAGCCCAGUUUUAUAAGAGAAUGCACUUCACCUGUAAUUAUAAAAUCAAAUUCUGUUUUGCCACUACCAAAUACUAAUAUGCAAGAAAUUAAUAGCAUUUCCACAUUUGAUACAUCUGACGAAAGUGAGAGAGAUGUCAUAAUAGAAAAUGAACGUGUACUAGAAAGUAAACAUGCUUCAAAUAAUUCAGAGGUUCUUAAGGAGCUAAAGUUCUUAAAUCUGCGGGACACUGGUGGAAGUGGAAAUACUCUUACUGAAUAUCCUUUUACAGACUUCACAAGAGAAGGAAUACCUGACAGUGAUGUCAGUGUUAACUUCAAAAGGCUUUCAAGAAAAGGCAGGAGAAGCACUGUCUAUAUUUCUGAUGUUGAGAGUUUCUGUUCUAAAGCACUUGGAAACAAUCUCUCUGAUACCUUUUCUAAUGAGCAAGAACCCCAAGUAGAAAAUGACUCUCAAAUGUUUAGUGAUCUGCAUUACUCUAUAGAACAGUCCUUUCUGAGGAUGAGGGAGGAUGGUGAAAAAAAGGUAAGACGCAGUAUGAGGCUGCAUAAAAAUGCAGAAAAUGAGGGACUUGCGUGGAUUAAAAUACCUGACAAGAACUCUUUGUCAGAUUCUGCUUGCAAAUCAAGGAGGACAGUGUAUGCAUCCAUCUUUAAAGAAUCUGAGAACAUUAAUCAAAGACCAGAAAAUUGGAUCCAAUGCUCAGCUUUGGGGAAAGAAAACAAGGAGUCUGGUCCUGUUGCAGGCAGUCCUUGCAAAACGCGGAGGAGGAGGAGCAUGUGUGCCUCUACUCGAGAAAAUAUAACUCAAACACAGAAAAGGAGAAGGGCAAGCCUUGUGUACAGUGACAAAGACUACCAAAAGGAAUCUGAAGUGGAAGUAUCCUUUGAGAACCAUCCCGAUGCCUAGGCAAAUUGGGCCAUCCAUUUUUAAAAAGAAAAAGAUUUCAAAAACAAGCUAACAAAUAGAGAUCUUCCUGCCAAUAAUAAAAUGAUAAAGGCAGCUCCUGCUGGUGGGCAGACUUUGCAGAACAUGGGGAGACUUUGCUUUACCAUCUUGCACCAGCAGAUCUGGAGCCCCCUCUGCUAUGGACUUGUGUCUUUUACAUUCACGCGGAUCAUUAAGAAAUCCCAGUUUCUGCAGGAUUGAUUAAUCUUUACUGUAUAGAUCACUUUUAAUGUUUUAAUGUUUAAUGUUAAACUCCUUACAAAGGAUAUGAAGGUGUCCAGAAAAUGAAGUUCUGACCUGCAUAACUGCUUUUGAAUCCUUUAAAUCUUUACUUGUAUUGGGUACAUAUAUACACUGCUCAGUAGUUGACUUACUAUCUUACUGUUGUCUUAUUUCUAGUGUGAGCUAAAGAGUGAAAAAUGUUAAAUAUGAUCUACUGAACACAAUCACUGUUGUUUUCAUUUUUCCUACUAUAUUGCUUCAACUUUAAGCUGAUGCAUGCUAACUUUAAAACAGUUUCUUAACAUUGAAAAAUCAUCUGUUGUAAACCCUGUUUGACCAUUUAGAGCCAGAAUAAAAGUUAUGUACUUUCUGUAAAGUUAGAAGAUCACACUGAAAUGCUAUGUCUGUUUUAUCCUAU